UAUCAUCCGUCACUAUUCAGUACUAUUAUUUUGUUUCCUAUCAUGGCCAUCAUCGUGUCUGACGUCAUUCUUGGCGACAGUAACUACAACAUCCUGAGUCCCUAUGUAACGUUAGCCUGCCGCCUGCGGGAAACGACCUGACAAAAAUACACAGAGUAGGAUAAAUAUGUGUGUAUACAUAGCUAUAAUGUGUAAUUAAGCUUUAAACCCCUUUUGUCUUGCCAAUAAAGCUUUUUGAAUGUGAACAGUGAGAGAGAGAGGGAUGGCGGAGGAGGAAGAGCGCGGACCCGGUUCGGUCCAUCAGACGUUCGUGCUAAUGGAGGAUCUGCUGGAUAAACUCAAAGUUCUGGAUUAUGAGCAGCAGGUUCUGGACAAACACAACAUCAAACCUCUGUCCAGGCAUUAUUUUGUCUCUAGCCCUCACGUGUUGUCAAAUCCCGGAGAGCAGUUCUAUAUGUUCAGUGUAAUUGCCGCCUGGUUGAUUUCCCUGUGUGGACGGCCGUUUGAUGCACCGCAGGAGUACGACGACCCCAAUGCCACCGUCUCCAACAUCCUGUCUGAGCUGCGUGCCCUGGGUGGCCAGGUUGAUUUCCCCCCAUCUAAGCUGAAGUCUGGAUCUGGAGAGCAUGUCUGUAAUGUUCUAGACCAGCUGGUAGAAAAAGCACUAAAGAGUAAAGGAUUCAUCUGGAACAGGCCUCUGUACCCAUCUGUGGAGGUGGAAGAUGAUUGUGUGCAGGAAGAUGAUGCUGAGCUCACACUCAGUAAAGUGGAAGAAGAGAUGACACAGGAGGAUGAGGAGUAUGAGGAAGAGGACGGACUUGAUUUAGAUGCACUGAAGACCAGAACCAAUCAGAGUGAGCUCAGUGGUUCAAGGCCUGCAGUGGUUCUGGAGUCAGAUGUUGAUGCUGCUGAGUGGAAUCUAGAGGUGGAGCGAGUUCUUCCACAACUUAAAGUCACCAUCCGCACCGACAACAAGGAUUGGAGGAUUCACCUUGAUCAAAUGCAUCAACAUCAAGAUGGCAUCAACACGUCCUUGCACGACGCCAAGGGUUGUCUGUUUAAGCUGAGGGAGGACAUCAGUAAAACUCUGGAGAAAGUGAGCAGUCGUGAGAAAUAUCUCAAUACUCAGCUCGAGCAUCUCAUUUCAGAAUACCGCCAAGCACAAGCACAGCUCAACAAGGUAAAAGAGCUUUAUCAGCAGGCCAGUGGAGGCGUCACAGAGAGAACCAGGAUUCUGGCUGAGAUCAGUGAGGAGCUAGAGAAAGUGAAACAGGAAAUGGAAGAGAAAGGCAGCAGCAUGUCUGAUGGAGCUCCAGUGGUGAAGAUCCGUCAGAGUUUGACCAAGCUGAAGCAGGAGAUUGAGCAGAUGGAUGUUCGGAUGGGAGUGGUGGAGCACACGUUACUACAAUCCAAACUCAGAGAGAAAAACAACAUGACCAGAGACAUGCAUGCUACACACCUAUUAGAGCCCAACGCACAGACUUACUGAGUCAAACUCAGAGCUGGUGAUGUUGUGUGUUGGUUAUAUUUUAUAUAAAUAUUUUGUUGGGUUUAAAUGUGUUUUUAAGUGUAAAUAACAAAAUAAAUAAUAUUGAACAAUAAAAUAAAUAUUCUCACUAGAA